GGCUAUACAUUGCUUGAUGAUCUUCCUUCCUUUUGUUUGAUCGGAUAGUACUCACACCUUGUCACCCGUACAGAGAUUAUAUAGGGCAUCAGAAGACCACCUCUUACCACCAACCUCCUCGUAACUCCACCAAAUCAGCUCUUUAGAAACCACUUUCAGUGUCACUAGACAGUGACCAUCUCGUAAUCAAAUCCGAACUCUCCCUGAUAAAAUCUGCCAACCCCCGUUUCCUGGGAUCACGUGACGUCACCAUAUCAUCUGCUUCAAGCUCACCCGCCCUGUUGAUGUCUCCCCAGUUGGAGAGUCUCAGCAACAAACGAAUCCUCCAUCGCAAGAUCUCGAAAACCUGUCGGCAGGCCAAGCUGAGGAGACUUCGGAGACUGCUCCAUUUUAAUGGAGCUUGUAACUUGGAGUUGUUUCCCGAUUACAUGGACUAUUUACACCGAUUUGUCAGAUGUCUCGAUUACCGUGACGAAGACACUUAUCGUUGUGUUGACAAGAAAGAAAACAACAGUAACAACCACCAAACGGAGGUUAUUGACGAGAAGAAACCCGGUGAUCAGACCAACAACAAUCUCAACAACUCCGUUCCCCACGUUAAUAACAACGUAGAAACAGCCCCGCCAGCCCAAAUCACCCCGCCGCCGCCUCAGCUCGCCGCCGCCGCCUCGUCAGCUGUUGUACCUGUUGCUCCGGCUGCAGCUCCCCAGGCUCCGCCCACCAGCCAAGCUAACCGUUUGGACCCCAACGAAAUAAUAGCCCAGCUCAAAGAGAGCCUGCGACAGGAGGAAGCGAAACUCCAGUUCUUGAGAAAGCUAAAACUCACUCAAGCGAAACUUAAGGAGCGCCAGGAACGGAUAGCUGCACAGAAUCAAACGAAGGAAGAAAGUAAGGAUACCGUGACCACCAUCCCAUCUGCCGCUGCCGCCGCCACCACGACAUUGCCGCCGCCCCCGCCCCUUCUCAAAUCAUCCGAGCAAGUCGUAGCCGCCAGAUGUACCAACUCCCCUAACACCAACCAAGCCAAAGCAACUAAACCCUUUUCUGUGAUCGUGUCCAACAGUCAGACUAUAAAACCUAAACCCGAUACGAGUAGUCUAGUGAACUCGCUUCAAUCGCUGAGUAGCAUCAGCGCGCCUGCCAUCCAGAGCAGCAAUAUGCAUCGAGCCCAGGGCGUCAGCUCCAUACAGCCCAACCGGGCUGCCAUGGCCAAGAUACUCGAGGAGAUGAUUCUCCAACAGCCCAGCCCUAAACCCAAGGUCCUUCAGUGGCCAAUCUGUCCGAAUAUCAACGACCAAGAAUAUCUUCACUACACAGGUCUAGAGUUUAUUGUGGAUCGUUUGAAGAACCCCACCAAACCGGACACCGCCUCCCCCUCUCUGGACAUAACUUGUGUGGUGUGCGGUCUGGACUUCUCUCCCGAGUGGGAGAAAACAGACUUCGAGGACAAGUUCGAGUGCUAUUACUGUUUCACUUCAAAACUCCGGAAAACGGUGCGGGAAGAGCACACGGAACGAUUGAAACAAGGUUUUAUCAAAGUGGUCCAAAAGGAGAAGGAGUUCGAACGUCAGCUCCAGAACCAACAGAGAGAGGAGCAACUGAUGCAACAGAAACUUGCUGAACAACAGCGGCAGCAACAACAGCAAAUUAUGGAGCAGCAGCAGCGAACACUGCAACUGCAGCUGCAGCAGCAGACUUUGGAGCAGCUACAACGACAGCAGAUAGCUAACCAACUCCUCCAACACCUCCAGAAGAGCAGACAGCAGCCCGGAUCCACCAACUCCGCUCUUAACACCCUGCUACAGUUCACACAGGACCCUACCAACCAACUGCUUGCUCAGCUCACCAAACGCGGUCAACAGGCCAGCAACACGCUCAACCUGCUACAGAACAGCGCUAGCUCGAACUCGGAAGCUGACAAGAGUUCGGGGGGAGAUCACAGUGGGCAAAGUGGCCAGCUCCGCGAGUACCUCCUCGACCUCCUCCCUCGACUCCCCACGCAAUGAGUGGGAGCCGUGGUCCAUCCUUCACUACACUUAUAUCUACACCUUGCUCAGAUUACUACCCUCUCUAUUCCUACCUCUCUAUCCAACACUUGUCACGUCAUGUCCGUGUAAGGAGAAAUCAUCUUCCUGUGAUAUUGUGUCAGGGUGAUGAGGUCACGCGUGAGUUUGAUGACGUCAUGUGAAAUUGAUGACGUCACGUGGGGUGAGUCGGAGUAUUUAAGUUGCAGCUCUCAGCUGGGUCUAUGUCCGACACACGUACUGUUCAUAUGUGGUGGGAUGAAGUUUAUCUAUAUUUGUUGCGCGGCUGACCUGUCUUCUGCGCCCCUCUCUCUCCCUCCGGUUAUAUUAUGUUCGAUGUUGAAGUUUGUGAUCACUUUGGGGCCGGUGUUUAUCAGCAGAUAAUAUCAUGUUGUUAUGGUAACGGAUGAUAUCUUGUUUUGGGAUAGGACUCAUGUUACUCGAGCUGGAAUUAUUUCUCGUGUCAACUGAUACGGACUCUUGAAGUAAAAUACAUAGUAUGAUAUACAUUAGUAUUAUAUAUUGUUGUAUGAUUUACAAUUGAAUCCUUUACGACAGGAUAUAUCUUCACAAAAGGGACUGCAAUUUUUAAAUUUUUAAGAUUGUCCGCCAGCACGUGUGAUGACGUCACAGAACGUGUGAUGACGUCACAGCACGUGUGCCAUAUCAUUGAUCGAUAUAUUUUUCCAUAUAUAUAAUUGAGCCCCUUAUGGAUAUUUAAGUUACCGGAUGGUUCAAAAAAGCCAUGGUAACCUACAUCAUUCGCUACUGCUGUGUAAUUUAUUUUAUGGAUUUUGAUACUAUUUUAAAAUAACCGGCUUAAACUUUAGAUGACCGUGGAUGGUAUUUUCUAGUUCAAAUUGUCACAAGAACAAGCUAGCAAUAGCUUAACUUUAUGAUUUCGUUCCUUAAGGCAUUCAAAAUCGUUGUUUAAAAGCUUAGUAUUUAUAAUCAUAGUUUUGUAGUACCUAAAAAUUUAAUUUUAAAUUACUGAUCAUGCUCUUUACAGAAUCCACUAUACUUAAGUUUUUAAGCUGCAAAAUACUGAUGGAUGGCAAUAACGCUCAUCGUCACUCCAGCAAGAUCUAUGAAUCGACAUAUCUGAUAUUUUAGCCCUAAUGAUUGAAACACAGGUGUGUCACGUUAUAAAUAUGGUUAACUGUGAUCUUAAAUAAUUUUUAAGUUCAAGUCAACUCGAAGUUAUACAUUAUUGAAAGCUUCUAAUUCUAUGAUAUGACAUCUAUUUCUCAACUUGGUUUGGCUUUUCAAGAUCAAGGUUUUACUUGACAGAGGGCAAUAUUAAUUUGAAGCGGCGCUUGCUGUACCCAUCGGUUAAUGUAUGCAAAUCGUUUCUUUCUUCUGACAUCCUGUGAUUUGUUGUCUAGAUAUUUGUGACAGGAAAUCUAAAAUUUGUGACAGGAAAUCUAAAAUUUGUCAACUCCGACCGGCCCUUUUCAAAACAACGCUGAAGGCACUAUGCUAACAGAGGCGGAUUAAUCACUCCAAUUUGUCAUAAACUCCUACACAUUUUGUGUACCACGGGACGAUAACUUUUGGACGCUGAUGCAAUGCAUGAUGCGGGUCUUCUUCUUACGAUUUUAAUCAUAAGAAUAAGACACUUGGUCUUAUCAUCCUUGCAUAUGAUUUUGCCACUUAUGGGAACCAACGCGUCUGUUGUAAACGGUUCCAUCACGCGUCGUUGAACCGGCCGGUCGGAGUUAAAAUGGAAGAAUCUUGCUGGUCGUUAAGCAAUCAUCAAGUACAAAUUUUAUCAUUAAACCAUGUUAAA